AUGAUGCGUCACCUCCACGAUGGCAUGAUGGCGCGGGUCACGGAGAAUGGAGCUGCCUCAGAGGCAUUCGCAAUGACCAACGAAUUGAGGCAGGGCUGCGUCCUUGCGCCUACCCCCUUCAGUCUCAUGCUCUCUGCCAUGAUAACUGACGUCUGCCGAGACGAACACCCUGGGAUCCGCAUCGCCUACAGGACCGACGACCACCUCCUCAAUUAG